UUUUCUACCCCCUUUCGAUACCUUUUGCACUAUCGCAGCAGCCCGUCGUUGCAGUCGGGGUCAGUGCAUCUGUGAUUUUGCACCACAUUGGCACGAAACGGCAAACCAGCACCACCAGCAAGCCAUUCCACAUUUCCGUCGGCGUGUUUCCUCCCGCUGCGCGAGAGUAAUGUAAACCCCCACUGUCGACGGUGCAGCGCAAAGGGGAGGAAAUGUUGCUAGGGGGCCGCAGGAAAACGGAAACAUGGGUGCACAGCUUUUCGGUGGGCAGUGAAACGCGCAAGUACAAGGGCUUCACCAUCUAUCGCAUCACGUCCAUUGUAUUUCCACGGUCCCAUCCAGAGGGUUUGACGCGCGUCACCUUAUGGAAGCGGUUCAGCGAGGUGAAAAAGCUGCACAAGGAGCUCGUCCGGCGGCACCGUGAGCGUCACCUGCCAGGCACUGUGCCGACCCUGGCCGACCAGUCCUACUUCAAGCGGUUCGAUCCGGCAGUCAUCGAGGAGCGGAAACGGUACAUCCUGCAGCUGCUGGAGUUUGCCGGCCAGGAACCGCUGCUGUACCGUUCGCAUGCUUUCCUGAACUUCUUCACCCGCGGUAUAGCGGUGCCGGAAAAGGAGGCCGGCAACGACGAGCCGGUGGAAGAGCGUGGCGCGGGCAAGCGGCCAAACGGCACGGGCGGCGAUGGAGGCGGCAAUAUAGAGACAAUAAGGAAGCAGCUCGGGAUCGGACAGCAGGACGAGCUGAGCCUGAUCGAUCCGAGCCGAGACGACCGGGAUGGGCAGGAUGGAUCGACGGGUACGGACGGUUCGUGUACGAGCGGAGACGAGGAGGUGGACGAAGCGGACGCAAUCGAUUGUCAGUCUGGAGCACCCGCGCCCAGCAGGGAAGGCUCACUGAUCGAUUCAAUGAUAUCCGAAACGGGCUCGAUGGAAACGGGCCGUGCGGAAACCAUGGCAACGGAGGACUAUCUCGUAGCCGCCGGGAUGGUGUUCAGCAAGGCGGUCGAGGCGGAAGCGAACGGUGACUAUGAGCGCGCGUUCGAGCAGUACAAGGCAGGCAUCGAUCGGUUGCUGAGCGGCGCCAAGGACGACACGAACGAGACGCGCCGCAAAAUAGCCAAGGAGAAGAGCUGCAAGUACGUCGCGAAGGCGGAGGAGAUCUACGAACGAUUUCUGGAGGAGCAGUCGCUGGGUUCGUGCCCAGCGGACGAUCGGUUGAUGGGGCCACUCACGUACGACGAUCCGAGCUCGCCGAUCCAGCUGCUCGAGCGGCCACUGAACUACCUAUCCCGCUACAAGGUGGUGAAGGUGAUCGGCACGGUCAUGCAGGUGCAGGACGUGACGGACAAGAAGUUCUACAUCAUGAAGAGCAUCCGCCGGCCAGUAGCCCCCGGUGGCGGUGGGCUACCGUUCCCGAGUGCGGCCGUCUUCCCGCCGGACGUGCCUUACAUGGUGCCGCUCAUUGCCUACUUCCAAGCAACGGACGGAGGCAUCUUUCUGCUGCUGCGGCUCGUCUGUGCCGGCAAGCUGUGGGAUUUCAUCCGAUCGUACCGGAAGCCGGAAAGCUACUGUCCUUCGCCGGUGGAAAAUGAUUGCACGGUGGAGGAAUCGGACGGGGAGGGAGGUGGAAAUGAAGUGGAGAGUAAGCAGGGCAAAGGGAGCGAAACUGAUGGUGCGCAGCGGCGGGUUGAACCCAAUUGUUCCGGUUAUGAUUCCGGGUUCUUGGAGUUGGUAAACGAAUACAGCAACGGUGGUGGUGGUGGCGGAGUUGAAGCCAGCGAUGGAAACUCACCGAGCGCUGCUGACCAGAACGAUGGCACGGAUGAGGUAGCCGAGGAAGUGCUGCCGGACGAGGAGGAGGAAGAGAACGGGCCGGUCGGGAAGCCGGAUGAAGAGCCGGAGCUCGUGAUUCCCUCGUUCGAUGCACUUUCGAAGGACAUGGACGUUCGGGAGUUGCUCUCCUGCAGCCAGCGCCUACUGAAAGCCGUCACACAAACGUUGGAAGAAUCGGACGAACAUUCCAAUAGCUCCGCCCAGAUCUCGGCCGUUCCGGCCAGCAGCCUCGAAACGGCAGCGGCAGCCGCCCCUGGCGAAGGUGGGCAAGAAAGUAGAAAAUCUCAUUCUAGUCAAUUAGGUUUAGCGAGAAUGUCAAGUAUUAGCCAGCCGGUGGACGAGCUGACGCCCGAUCUUCUACCGGAGGGUAGCGUUCGUCGGUGGAUCAGCGAGCUAGUGAUUGCGGUCGAUAGUUUACACUUUAAUGGAAUUGUUUGUGGUGAUCUCACAAUGGAUAAUCUCUUGCUCGGCCCGGAAGGCCAGCUAAUGCUGACGUACUUCCAUCGGCGGGGUGAAUCGUACUUCUGCCAGCCGGGCGGUGCCCAUCCCGUUGCACCGAAGCAGUCGGCGAUCAGGGCACUGUACGUGGCCCCGGAACGGCCACUCGAGCCCAGGUCGGACUUCUGGUCGAUCGGCGUGAUCAUGUUCGAGAUGCUGACCAAGCGCAAGUUCGUAUCGUGCCAUCCGUCCGGCGUGUUCUGCUACCACGAGGUCCAGUAUCCCGAGGGCGUGGAGCUGUCGAUGGAGGCACGGGAGCUGCUGGAGGGUCUACUUCAGCCGGACGUGGAACGGCGGUUAGAUUUUAAGCAAAUCAUAGCGAGCGCGUUCUUUCGCACCGUCGACUGGAGUGAGGUGAAGCGACGCGGAGUUUCAGCGAACCAUCCGUAACGGACGGGGUAUCCGAGGGAAGAGAUAGGAGUCCAAGUCGCAGAACAAAUAGCGCUAACCAAUCUACCGUAGAGAGUGUUUGUGUGUAUGUUUAUACGUAAUAUGUGGAACAGCAGUAGAGUGUGGGAAGG